AUGCUGUUUCCUAAAGGGCCUCGAUUUGACCCUCAACGUCCUACAAACGUGCCAGGGCCGAACACCUACAAUAUCGAGCAAGGCUCGCAGCUCGACGCGUAUAAACGGGGCGCAUUUCUGGAGAAAGCCACUCGUUUCACUACAGAUGCCAAUGGCGUUGAACAUAACGUGUCGGAAGGGCAAUCGACCCCCGUAGAACAACCCCUCUUGGAGAGGAAGUUUGAGGAUCUCAUGAGACUGCGAUCUGAAGAACGGAAAGAGCAUGAAGCCCAAAUAGAGAAACUCAAGCAGGAACUCUCGCGAAUCCAGAAAACGGUUUCCGGCUCGUCAGAUAAAUUGGAGAAACAGAAGAAGAUGGCUGACAUGUACGAAGCCCGACUCCACGAGUUGAAGAAAGCCGCAGCCGUCGAUCAGAAGGAAAUAAAAGAUCUAAAGACGAAACUUCGCGUGUCGGAACACGAGCGCUCCCAACUGCAAGGGAAACAAGACGACAUAUCCGAAGCCAAAAAGGCUUUGCAAGCGCUGGAUGCUAAACGUAGAGAAGAUAACCGAGAGAAGGACAAGAAAAUAGCGGACCUGGAGAAGUCACUAAGCCAGGAACGAAAGAAGCGAGAAGCAGCUGAGGCCCGCUGUCAAGAAUUGCAAGGGAAAGUAAAGGGCGAGGUGGAUGAUCUACGACAGCAAUUAGCUGUACUAGAGGAUGAAAAGCAGCAAGCUCAGGCAUCUCUUCGUCAACAAGCUGACGAGGCUUCUUCACGAGAAGAUGACUUGAUCGCCAGCUUGACAUGCCACCAGGUGAUGUUAAAGAAGGUAGCUGAAGAAUACGGAAAACUGGCUUCGUCUUCGGUCGCUCAAGCGCGAUACGCUCAAGUCCGUAGUGAAAGGGACGCCCGACGAGUGCAGGUAUUUCGGCUGGAACGGAAGCUUGCUAAUUCGGAGGAGCAGGUCGUCGAGCUAGCCAGCCUUAUCCGUUGCGCCAAAUCGGAGAACGCUUUACUCGUUCAACAGCUUGGCCAAGCAGACGAAGCAAUAUAUCACUACCGAACAGCCCUCCAAGAUCAUUCUUCUAACGACCGUCAAACGUUUGAUGAUAUUCAAGAACUCUGUUCGUCCAUAGACAAACAAUGCCAACAAACACGGCAAUCUGUCCAGGCCAUUUCGAAAUACCAAGCAGAUCUGACUACAGAGUUCUACGUCCCGGGAUACCAUGAACUCCUCGAAACAUACCAACUGGCUGAGCAGGAUCUUCAAGUCCAGCGAAAACUCCUCGACCGGUUUGAGGUUGAGACGUCUCGAAUGACAGCCGAGUGCGACGAGCUACGUUGUCGGGCUGACCGACUGCAGACAGCACUCGCGAAGGCCGACACCGAACGUGCAAUGACUUCCAUGAGCCUCGCGGAGGCUGAAGUCCAGCGGAAGGCAUUAGAGACUCAGUUAGCUCAGGCAGAACAUAAACUCAACGAAAGCGCAACAGUUCACCAGACGGCGAUAAACCAGGAGCGAGAGGCCGUCCAACGACUUGCAUUGUCCGUACAAAAGGCGAAGCUAGUAGAGGAAGGUCUCAGAGCUGAUCUAGAGCAACUGACCGCUGAGUUGAGUGAAGCAGCACGAUAUCAAGAUGCCUAUUACAGCCUUUCAGAAGAGGUCGACAGCCUUGUCGCACGUAGCGCCCUUGCUGAAGACGAGGCCUUACGACUCAGUCAAUUCAAUGCCGAAAUUCUCGGCCACAACAAUCCCGCUCAGCGGGUAACGUACGUUGACCGCGUUCGGCAAGAGCUCGCAGAGACAAAGCAGGCAGUCGCCAACCGCGAUCACGAAGCUGCUAUAGCGGAAAAUACAGCCUUGUUGGAAGAACUCUCAAUGUAUAAAUCAGUUAUGAUGCCAACCAACCGCAAACCCCGGACGAAUAUGACGCGACUCGUCCGGCAUCCCUUGACCGGUCUUCCUCAGCAGCACCUGAUGACAAGUAGGUUAGAAGUGGAUGACUUAUCGGUUCAGAAAGUCCUCGCUGGGCAUUUACCGUCGUUAGACGUCUCUUCCUGCGAAGACGCUUCAUGA